AUGGCUGAUACUGAGGAUGCUGGCCCGUCGUCCGUCUCGGAACCUUUAGAUUUGGUACGCCUGUCGCUCGACGAGAUCGUGUUCGUGAAACUUCGCGGGGAUCGCGAGCUCAAGGGUCGUCUGCACGCCUACGACAGUCACUGCAACUUGGUAAUGGGCGAGGUGGAAGAGACCAUUUACGUUGUGGAGGAGGACGAGAGCGAGGAGGAGACCAUCAAGACUAUCAAGAAGCAGGAGGAAAUGCUCUUUGUUCGAGGUGACUCGGUGGUUUUGAUCUCUCCCCAGGCAUGA